AUGUCGAAAAUAGAGUACUACUUCAUCGCUUUGCUUAUGAGGCGUGCAAUUUACCUCGAUCAUGAAAAGAAGUUCAAGGAGAAUUAUUUACUUGAUAAAAGUGAAUCGUUUUUUCUGUCCCUAUUAAAUUUUUGGAGUUUCAAAACCAUUUCUUAUCCUAGUGGUUCACAUAAAGCAUCAAGUUUCGUUGAGAAUCCAAGAUCAACAUCUCCCUCAGCCAUCCUUGAUUCUGAUCCAGAAAGCGUUUGUGAUACUAGCAAUUUUUCCGUGCCUCAAGGAAUUUUCGUAUACGAUUCAAGUGAAGAGUACUGUGAAUCUGAUACCCUCGAGGACAGUGAUACAGAACUAUCAGAUGACUUCGCGGAUAGUGAUGAUGACUCGAAUAAUUAUGUUGAAGGAGAAAUGAACGUGAAUUUAGAAACAACUUUCAAUGAUAAUCAGAAUACAUGCAUUGAUGAAGCUCGGCAACUUUCCAAUACCAUCAGGUAA